GACAAAGUCAUGGUGUGAACUGCGAAGAAUAGCGGGAAUAUUUUCGUGAAUUCACAAAUGGUUUUUGAUAUUUGUAUGGACGAUUAAGUGUAGAGUAGUUAUAACAAAAUGACCACGGAAGCAGCAACAGUUGAUGUUGACGAUGCAGAAGAUUGCCAAGGGCAAGCUAAACUCAUCAAAUCGCUAGAGGGCAAUGGCAUCACAGCAGGUGAUAUUAAAAAAUUGGAGGAAGCUGGAUAUUUCACGGUUGAAUCUGUUGCUUAUACUCCCAAAAAAGCCUUGAUGGCUAUCAAAGGAAUUAGUGAAGGAAAAGCAGAUAAAAUUAUUCAAGAAGCUUCAAAAUUAGUAGCUAUGGGAUUCAAGACUGCAGCUGAAGUUCAUAUGAUAAGAGCAAAUAUAGUUUACAUAACUACUGGUUCUGCAGAAUUGGACAGACUUUUAGGAGGAGGAAUAGAAACAGGAUCAAUUACAGAAAUUUUUGGAGAAUUCAGAACUGGAAAAACUCAGUUAUGUCAUACUUUAGCUGUAAAUUGUCAAUUGCCUGUUGAUAUGGGAGGUGCUGAAGCAAAAUGUAUAUACAUUGACACUGAAGGUACAUUUAGACCUGAACGUUUAAUUGCUGUUGCUGAAAGAUAUAACAUCAAUGGAGAUAGUGUUCUUGAUAAUGUUGCCACUGCAAGAGCUUAUAAUUCUGAUCACCAAACUCAACUUUUAAUAAAAGCUAGUGCUAUGAUGUCAGAGUCUAGAUAUGGAUUGCUAAUUAUUGAUAGUGCAACUGCACUCUAUAGAACUGAUUAUACUGGAAGAGGUGAAUUAGGGGCUCGUCAAAAUCAUUUGGCUAGAUUUAUGAGAUUGUUGCUUCGUUUGGCUGAUGAAUUUGGAUGUGCUGUAGUAAUUACUAAUCAAGUAGUAGCUCAAGUUGAUGGUGCUGCUAGCAUGUUUGGAGGUGAUCAAAAAAAACCAAUUGGUGGUAAUAUAUUGGCUCAUUCAAGUACAACAAGAUUGUAUUUCCGUAAAGGAAGAGGUGAAACUAGGAUUUGUAAAAUUUAUGAUUCUCCAUGUUUACCAGAAAGUGAAGCUACAUUUGCAAUUAAUGCAGAUGGAAUUGGUGAUGUCAAAGAAUAAUCUAUAUAAAGGGUUUAUGUUUUUUCUAUAAUAUAAUUUCAAAUAAAUAUAUAAAUUAGUGUAUGUAUUAAGUAUUUGAUUAGAAUAUUUGUAUAAGUAUUAAUGUCAAAUAGGUUUCAAAUUGAUGAAGGCUCUUUUUAAAUAGAAAUCAUCUUGACAAACCUACUUUUAUUGUGCAAACAAUUUCCUUAUUUUUAAAUAUCUACAAUAUCUUCUUUAUUUUAUUUUAAUUUAGUUUAAAGUGCUGUUUAAUAUAUAGAAACUGAAUAUUUCAUCAAUUAAACUAUUGUAUAAAAUAUAUUUAGAGUGUAUAUUAUUUUCUAUAAUUUUAAGUUUCUUAAAAAUAAAGUUG